UUCCUGCUUCAGCUGUCACUACUGUAGAGGUGAAGAUUAAUCAGACUGCUGCUCUGCCCUGUAAUCGGAGAUGUUCUCAUCAGGCCACAUGGAUCAAUGACCAAAGUUAUAUAGUGGCUCGGUGUGAUCAGACAUCCUGCUGGUCAGAAGAAGGAUUUUAAAUCUCCCAUAAUCAGUAUUUGAAGGGAGAUCUGACCCUCAUCAUCACUGUAGCUGAUGACAGUAAGAGGAACAUAUACACGUGUCAGUGUGAUGACAGAGACGUUAAUUAUUUUCAUCUCCGCAUCAAGUCCUUCAAUUCAUCAGUUCAGGUGAAUCCUGGUGAAGAUCUACAGCUGAAUUUACACUUAACAGACCAAGUGGAGGUGAUCUUUAAACACAGAGAUUCAGCAGAUCCACAUGGUGUACAGAUCUGCAGUGUGUAUAAAAGCUUACUAAACUGUACAGCUGAAUACACACAGAGAACAUCACUCACUAACACACUUCUUACACUGAGAGGUGUAAAGAGGACUGAUGAUGGAGAUUACAUCAUCAGAGACACGAUGAAUAACAACAUCCUUCAUACUUACACAGCAACAGUAAGAGUUCCUGCUUCAGCUGUCACUACUGUAGAGGUGAAGAUUAAUCAGACUGCUGCUCUGCCCUGUAAUCGGAGAUGUUCUCAUCAGGCCACAUGGAUCAAUGACCAAAGUUAUAUAGUGGCUCGGUGUGAUCAGACAUCCUGCUGGUCAGAAGAAGGAUUUAAAAUCUCCCAUAAUCAGUAUUUGAAGGGAGAUCUGACCCUCAUCAUCACUGUAGCUGAUGACAGUAAGAGGAACAUAUACACGUGUCAGUGUGAUGGCAAAGACGUUAAUUAUUUUCAUCUCCGCAUCGAGUCCUUCAAUUCAUCAGUUCAGGUGAAUCCUGGUGAAGAUCUACAGCUGAAUUUACACUUAACAGACCAAGUGGAGGUGAUCUUUAAACACAGAGAUUCAGCAGAUCCACAUGGUGUACAGAUCUGCAGUGUGUAUAAAAGCUCACUAAACUGUACAGCUGAAUUCACACAGAGAACAUCACUCAAUAUCACACAUCUUAUACUGAGAGGAGUAAAGAGUACUGAUGAUGGAGUUUACAGUAUCAGAGACACGAUGAAUAACAACAUCCUUCAUAAUUACUCAGUAACAGUAAGAGAUCAGAACAAAAUAGUCCUGGUAGUGGUGGUGGUGGUGGUGGUGCUUCUGGUUGCUGUAUUGAUCGUGUUAAUCCUGAACCUGAGGAAAAAAUAUCACAGUAACCGAAAAGAUAAUUAUAUUGUACAGAGGCCUGGGAAUGGAGCAGGAGAACAUCAGAGCUCUAAUGGCACAACAAAUAUGAACCUAAUGGUGAACCAAAGAAUGUUAAGACAGAGUGAGAAUGAAAGUGACGAGUAGUAACAGAGGGAAGAAACUUGCAACUACAUAUGUGGAACAAUGAGAGAUCAAAAAUCAGAUGGUUGCACAGGAAUAAAUGACAUGUAUCUGGA